UUUGCUGGGAGGUCCGACUUGAUUUAGCCUUUCACCAACACAUGACACUCACCAGCCUGCUUCCCUCACACAGGACCUGGGCAGCCAGAAGCAGCGGACCUAGCAACAUUUUCAGAGUUUUGGAAUUAAGCCUUGAGCAGCCCCAGUGAAGAUUCCUGCCUCUCGAGAGCACUCCAUGAGUAUUCCGCAACCCAAGCUGUGAGAAGGAAGAGAAACUGGGUUUUCCAGCCCCUGAUGCAGAAGAAACCAAGGAAGGGAGAGCUACUAAAGAUGCGGAGUGAGCCAGCCUGUUGGUGCCUGCCACGCUAUCACGGAUUGUCUCCAAGGUCCUCUGUGCAGAAGCCUGUGCCCAGGAGUUCCUGGAGCAGCAAAGGCACGGCCAGACACAAGGAGGCCCUUCCUCUGCUUUGAGAAAGCGGUGGAUUUUGCUUUUCCAAGACAGGAUGAAGCAGCACCCACCAAAUUUUUGAGACAGCUCACGGCUUAGAGGAAGGCUCAUCUAAAUAAAGGCCGGCUAAAGUGGCAUUGCAGGGAUUUAAUCGUCCUCUGGCUGCCCGUGUGACCAGAAGGCUGAUCUGCAACUUUCUUCUUUCCUGGGGUCCGGAUUAUCAGGUCUCCAAAGCCCUGCAACUUGACAGCAAGAGAAGCACAAUGAGAAAGGUCAGAGACAAGCACCAGCAGCAGGGCCCUGGGGGCCUCCGCGGGGCUUUCGCACGGCCCAGUGGAAGAUCCUCCGGCCAUCAGAGGAAAUAGCAACCUGCAGCCUUCGUUCUGGGACACAGCCACCUACCACAGAGCAUCAGCACCGCCAGCCAGAAAGUUCUUGGAGCUCGAUCAGGGAGGCGGCUCUGGUACCUGGAUGUGUGCCCAAUGGUCCAGUUAGACCUGGGAACGUCAACCUGAAGGGAGGUGUGAAAUGUCUCGAGUGAGGCGGGCAGCUUUGGGCUUCGCUGGGUAGGCGGUGCUGGCAUUGGCCCCAGCUCCCCUGACUGAACCCAAGAAGGGGGUUUGCACAUCCAAGACUCUUUGCCCAGCUCUCCAGGACACAGGGCUCUGGCAGUCUUCAACUCCCACCUCCCACCCCGCAAGCCCCUUCUGCUCCUCCCAACCUGCCCUGAUCGGUGCCUCUGCUGAGAUGGAGAUGUGAGCCUGUGCAGGACGAUGACUGCCGUGUGCGUGAAUGGAGGCGGCCUGGGGCACCCCCACUAUGCCAGGUGGGACCGACAGGAGAGCGUGGAGGGUGGCGGUCAGAUGGAGGGCGCCAAGGAGGACGAGGAGGGACAGCCUCGCCAGCUGACACCCUUCGAGAAGCUGACCCAGGACAUGUCCCAAGACGAGAAGGUGGUGAGGGAGAUCACUCUGGGGAAACGCAUCGGCUUCUACCGCAUCCGAGGGGAGAUCGGAAGUGGGAACUUCUCCCAAGUCAAGCUGGGGAUUCACUCCCUGACCAAAGAAAAGGUGGCCAUUAAGAUCCUGGACAAGACCAAGUUAGACCAGAAAACCCAAAGGCUACUAUCCCGCGAAAUCUCCAGCAUGGAAAAACUGCACCAUCCCAACAUCAUCCGCCUUUAUGAAGUCGUGGAGACUCUAUCCAAGCUCCACUUGGUGAUGGAGUAUGCAGGGGGAGGGGAGCUCUUUGGGAAAAUCAGCACCGAAGGGAAGUUCUCAGAACCAGAAAGCAAGCUCAUCUUCUCCCAGAUUGUGUCUGCCGUGAAGCACAUGCAUGAAAACCACAUUAUUCACAGAGAUCUGAAAGCAGAAAAUGUGUUCUAUACCAAUACUACUUGUGUGAAGGUGGGCGACUUUGGGUUCAGCACAGUAAGUAAGAAAGGUGAAAUGCUGAGCACUUUCUGCGGGUCUCCGCCCUACGCGGCGCCGGAACUUUUUCGCGACGAGCACUACGUUGGCAUUUAUGUGGACAUCUGGGCCCUGGGGGUGCUCCUGUACUUCAUGGUGACGGGCACCAUGCCCUUCCGGGCCGAGACCGUGGCCAGACUGAAGAAGAGCAUCCUGGAGGGCGCCUACAGCGCGCCUGCGCACGUGUCGGAGCCCUGCCGCCGCCUGAUUCGGGGGGUCCUCCAGCCGGUGCCCACCGAGAGGUGCGGCCUCGACGCCAUCAUGAGCCAUGAGUGGAUGCGAGGGGUGCCGUUGCCCAGCCCUUUGGAGCCCUUCCAACUGGACCCCAAACAUUUGUCAGAAACCAGCACCCUCAGAGACGAAGAAAAUGAGGUCAAAAGCACUUUAGAACACUUGGGCAUCACGGAAGAACACAUUCGCAGCAACCGAGGGAGGGAUGCCCGAAGCUCCAUCACCGGCGUCUACCGGAUCAUUCUGCACAGAGUCCAGAAGAAGAAGGCUUUGGAAAGCGUCCCAGUGGUGAUACUCCCAGACCCUAAGGAGAGGGACCUGAAGAAAGGGGCCCGUGUCUACAGAGGCAUAAGACACACAUCCAAAUUUUGUUCGAUUUUAUAAAUUGCAUUAGGCUGCUGGUGAUUAACCAAGAUCAUUGUUGCUGCUUUUAACCUCUUUCACCAAUUUGAGUGGAGACAUUUUUGUAAUUUUUAAAUAAAUUUAAAUUUAAG